CGCCGCCCGGAGCCGCCGGCGGGGCCGGGGCGGGCCCUGAGGGGAGACGGCCCCGAGACGGCCCCGAACCGGCCGGGUGAGGUCGGGGCGACGCGGCUGUGGGAGUCUGACCUCUGCCUGUGGUGACCUGGGUUUAAGAAGGCUAAAGCUUCACUAGAACUGUGACUAGAAUGGACAGUUACUUUAAAGCUGCAGUCUGUGACUUGGACAAACUGCUUGAUGAAUUUGAGCAGAAUACAGAUGAAUGUGAGUGCUUCAGAACACCUCAGAAUCCAUAUGACUCAAAGCUCUCUUCAGUCCUGGAUUGCUUGGAGCAUGCACACCCCACACCAGAGCUGCCAGAGGAUCCUGCUGGAUGUCCUGCCCCAGAGGAGAGCUCUCUCUGUGCCCCUGCAGGCACGAGUGAUGUGCUCAGCUUCUCACCACCCAGAGAGAAGGGUGUUGCUGGCCCUGACCUUUUGUCCACUGUGGGCAGCAGUGCCCUAAAGGAAAUUCAGGCUUUGAGCCUGGGAAGGUGUAGCUUGCCUGUGUGUGAUCUUGUCAGUGACACAGCGAAUUCAGUGCCCUCAGUGGCUGCUCCAGGAGGGGCUCAGGAGCUGCGGCCGGGUGAGUUCCCGUGCAGCCAGGGGCCCGCUGGCUGUGGCGUGUCUUGUGUCCCCAUUCCUGUUUGUGUGACUUCACCUGGCUGCAGCGGGGCUGCCAGCACACGGCAGAGUGAUGGGGACUCGGUGUUACAAGAUUCAGGGCAUCUUACAGCAGAACAAAUUAAUAAUUUCGCUUUAAAACCAGAGAGUUACGCUGCAGGAGCAGUCCUGGGUCCGUGUGAUGAUCAACACCGGACAGAACCUGUAAAGUGCACCGAAGUACUCAACCACCCUGGACAGACUGCUGCCCCGGAUGCUGAAAAUGUCACUGUAACAUCGCAGAGUUUGAAUGCACACGGUCCCAAAGAUGAGGAAGCCUGUGAAAAACUGCCUUUUGAACCACAAAACAACAGUGCACGCUCUGCAGCAAGCAAAGAAGUGUAUGGAGGAAAUGCCUUAGGAAAGGUAGACCCAAGCGAGGGGAGUAAUGCUGAUUCCAUGCCUUCAGAUCUGCCAAAGAUGCAUCCAUUACACAACAGUAAUGCAACACUACCUGGAAAUUGUGUCUUAGCAGGCUCCUCGUGUCAAAUAGGAGCUGAAGUAGAGUUGGAAAGGAAAGGCACAGAAGAGAAUGUAGAUAGUGAAGAACUUAAUAGCAGUGAGAUACCAAGCAGUGUUUCCAGGUCGUGUAUGUCAGCCGAGGAUGUCCAGACAUCUCUGUCCUGUCUUUCCCUCCCUGUGUCCAUGUGUGGUUCAUUAGUUGUAACAGAAGAAAAGGUUAAUCCUCUACCUCAAAACGCAGUGGCGGAGGUUAUUAGUGAUACUGUAACUGUUCAUGCUGGAGAGUUUAAAACUCAUCUCCCUGGCAGGGAAUCCUGUGAAAAUACUAGCUGUCAUGAGCAAGAUGAUGUAGCUGAAAUCAGUGAAAGUAUUGCAGAAGAGAGUAGGGAUGGAGAGAAGUACGAUACUGAGAAUGUAAUUGAUGAUAGUGAUUCUCAGCAAAUCAAAGCUUUUGCUUCUGCUUUUCUAGACCUUGGAGCUGAGCCAUAUGGUGUUGACAUAGACACUUUUUAUGAUGAGAGCAUGAGCUCUGUUAUGGCUGACUUUGCUGUAGAGGAGAGUGUUAUUAAAAGUGAUAUUCUAAUAAGUGAUGCUGAGCUUGACGAUUUCUUGUAUGGACAAAGUCAGCAGUCCAGUGUGUUGAAGUCUUCAGACAAUGAUGGUAACUUGGUGGUAGCUGAUGCAGAUGGAGGGAGUUUAACAGAUCUGAACAACCUGGAUUUCACAGAGGUCGAUGAAGAGCUUAUGCAAACAAAACUGGAGGAGAUAACGAGCAUUAAUAGUAACCUUAAAGUAUCUAUUCCUGACAAUGAAGUGGAAGGUGCAGCAGAGGUCAGCACAUCUCAAAGUCAAGGCAUGACUGAGAGUGGCAGUGGAGCUCUGGCUUCUGAUGUUUGUAUUAAAGGUGCAAGACCAAAGCAGUUGCUUGACCUUUCCCAAGGAGCUGCUGGUCAGAAACAACUGAAUAGAACAAAUGUACUUGAAAGAGAAAACCAAGAAUGUGCUUGUGUUAGCCCAGAAGCUCCUCUCUCAGACACCAGCGUAAAUGUUGGUAAUACUGACCCUGGGGAAAGCAGCUCUGAAGCUGGAGGAAAUCAAACCUCUGGAACUGCUGAGCCACGUAAAGCACCUGCAGCUCUGUCGUGGAAACAGCCCCUGUGGGUCCCAGACUCAGAGGCACCCAACUGCAUGAACUGCCAGGCCAAGUUCACCUUCACAAAGCGACGACACCACUGCCGAGCCUGUGGGAAGGUUUUUUGUGGUAGCUGUUGCAAACGAAAAUGCAAACUGCAAUACAUGGAGAAGGAAGCAAGAGUCUGCACUGGCUGUUAUGAUGAUAUUAAUAAAGCACAGGCAUUUGAAAGGAUGAUGAGUCCAACUGGUCCUGUCCCCAAUUCCAGUGUCUCCUCUGAGCAUUCUUCUGCUGCUCCGCCUGUAGAGGAGGCCCAGGUACCCGGGGGUGCCAGCUCUCCUUCACCACCUGCACUGUUGCCUAUCUCAGCACUUAAACAGCCUGGUCCUGAAGGGCUGUGCCCCCGAGAGCAGAAGAGGGUUUGGUUUGCAGAUGGCAUUCUGCCAAACGGGGAAGUGGCAGACACAGCAAAGCUGUCCUCAGGAGCAAAGAGGUCGCAGGACUCCAGCCCAGAGAACCCAGACCUGCCCGAGAUGCCCACAGCUGCAAACCCAGAGGAAGAUGACCUGGUAACUGACGUAAAUCAAAAACCGACAGAAGAAAUAGAUAAGAUGACAAGAAUGGAGGAAUUACAUCCUUCUGUUCCAUCAGAUGGUGCACAGCAGGCUGCUCCAGGCCAGAGUGAGGCGGCACCUAGUUACAGAUCUGCCACUCCAGGAACUGAAGAGUGUUCCCCUGCAGCAGCAGAGAACAGCAGUCCCAGUUCAGGGGGUCAGAGCACACGGGCUGUGCCUGUCUCUGCCUCAAGUUACAGAGCACUGUGUGGGGUAGAAAACUGGGUGCGACGAGAGGUCAGCCUUCUUCCUGACGGUGAUCAGCUGCCACCACUUCUGCUUGCACUGGGUGAAAAUGGGAAAGAUCUUCUGGUGGAGGAACAUCCAUUUCACCAAAAGGUCACCUUGCUGCUUGGGGAAGGAGGUCCUAAUCCAUUGACUUUUAUUCUAAAUGCCAACUUGCUUGUCAAUGUGAAGCUAAUAACAUAUUCCUCAGAAAAGUGCUGGUGCUUCUCAACAAAUGGACUGCAUGGUUUGGGUCAGGCAGAAAUUGUCAUUCUGUUGCAGCGUUUGCCAGAUGAAGAUGUUUUCCCUAGUGAAAUAUUCAAAUUAUUUCUUGACAUCUAUAAAGAUGCAAUGAAAGGAAGGUUCAUAAAAAAUAUGGAAAACAUUACUUUUACAGAAAACUUUCUCAGCAACAAAGAGCAUGGAGGAUUCCUGUUUGUUUCACCAACUUUUCAGAAACUUGAUGAUCAGAUUCUACCAGAUAACCCUUUUCUUUGUGGCAUUCUUAUCCAUAAGCUGGAAAUACCCUGGGCAAAAGUGUUUCCAAUCCGUUUGAUGUUGAGACUGGGAGCAGAAUAUGGGGACUAUCCAACUCCUGUGGUAAGUGUCAGGCACAGGAAGCCACUCUUUGGAGACAUUGGACACACAAUUAUGAAUCUACUUGUUGACUUUAGAAAUUACCAGUAUACUUUGCAUACCAUAGACAACCUGUUUGUUCAUGUGGAAAUGGGGAGAAGCUGUAUUAAAAUACCUCUGAGGAAGUAUAAUGAGGUGAUGAAGGUGAUCAAUUCCUCUAACGAACAUGUAAUUAGCAUUGGAGCCAGUUUCAAUACCGAGGCAGACUCUCACUUGGUGUGUGUGCAGAACAAGCAGGGCGUCUAUCACACACAGGCCACCAGUGCCACGGGACAGCCCAGGAAAGUUACAGGUGCAAGUUUUGUGGUGUUUAAUGGAGCCUUAAAAACAUCCUCAGGAUUUUUAGCUAAAUCCAGUAUAGUUGAAGAUGGGCUAAUGGUACAAAUAACACAAGAAACAAUGGAAAGCCUACGUCAGGCAUUAAGAGACAAGAAGGACUUCAAAAUAACCUGUGGAAAAGCGGAUGCAGGGGACGUGAAAGAAUACGUAGAUAUUUGCUGGGUAGAAAAUGAAGAGAAAACAAACAAAGGAAUUUUAAGCCCAGUUGAUGGAAAAUCAAUGGAAGGAACUCAGAGCGAAAAAGCACCACAAUACAGAGACUUGGAAAGAGAGGGAAAAGUUAUGAAGUGCACUGAAGUUUACUAUUUUGCAAAGGAUCAUGAACUCUCCAGUGCUGUUCCCCACCAGUUUGCAAAAGAGAUUGCCCUUGCCUGCAGCACUGCUCUUCGUCCUCACCUUAAAAUCUUGAAAAAUAAUGGGAUGAAUAAGAUAGGACUCAGAGUUUCCAUUGACUCGGACAUGGUUGAAUUCUUAGCAGGAUCUGGAGGGCACCCUCUUCCACAGAGCUACCUGAACGACUUGGACAGUGCUCUCCUUCCUGUGAUUCACGGUGAAAUGUCAGAUCCUACAGCUCUACCACUGAAAAUGGAAUUAGUAUUUUUCAUUAUAGAACACCUGUCUGGAUGAGGCUGAUUACGUGCAUAUACUGAUUUGCUAUAUCUGAACACCAAAGUUGUAAUGCUACAAACACAAAAAAUGUUAAAGUUUCUAAACCUUUUUAUGUUUUAAUAGCUUUCCAAACUGUUUUGUUAAAGCCCCUCAGAUCCUCUCUGCUUCCUCUACCACAAAAGAGUUAGUUUGUGUCAUGAAGUUCUGAACGUUGACACUGACUACAGGUGCAGAAGAGUGCAGGUUUUGUUACUCACACAGCUGCAGCACUUGUUAGGUGAAGUGUGACUCCAAGUCAUAGGAUCUUGCCUCUUACACACCCCAGUGUGUGACUGACUGCUGGGGUUCCGUGUGAUCCCUGCACGUGCUUCUCCCUGCAGGAGCUGAACACUGGAGCAGGGCUGGCCCAAAACUCUGUCCUUUCCUGGACAGAGGAAACCCCAAAACUCUGGGGUUCAGACCCCAGGCCUGCUGCAGCUGCCUGGGGCCCCGUGGGGCAGCUCUGGCAGCGCAGGGAGCGCUGUGGCCGUGUGGAUAAACACCUCACUGAGGUCCUUACCCUGGGGAUGUUGAUGCUGGUGCUUCAGGAACAUGUGCUCUCAAUUAAUAUUUUGUAGAGUAACUGUUUUCUUUCUUGUAUUUAUAAGGAUUUAUCUAACUUAAAUGGAUGCUAUUUUUAUAAUAAGUGCUUUUUUCUUUACUCUGUGUUCAGAAUUCCAUACACAAUUUGACCUUUCAAGGAUUAGGAAAAAACAGAUUACCCUUGAUGUAAUCUACAUGUAGCAAUAAGUCAGACAUGAAUUCUGCAGUAUUUUUUCUGCUCCUGUCUACUGCUUUUGCCACAUUUUAGUAGCCACCUUUGCUUUCAGGGAGAACAGAUGUAUUAAGUCUGAAUUUUCACACACAGGUUGAUUCUAGUGGAAGGUGUCCCUGCCCGUGGCAGGUGGGGUUGGGACUCUUUAAGGUCCCUUCCAACCAAAACCGUUCUGGGAUUUUUAGUAUACCUGACGUUCUUGCAUAGGAUGUAUUUUUUAUACUGGGUCAUUUAGAUCUAUUUAUGUAUUUGUGAUGCAUGUGAUUUGUACUGAGGUUCAUCAGACUGCGGUUGGGGUUUGGUAGCAGCCACACAACUGCUUGUCGAAAACAGAACCAAAACUAAAUAUAUACAAGAUCUAUAUUGUUUUCAGUAAAAAUGCUGGCACAAUUUUAUAAUGAGAGUAUUAAAACUUGGAUGCCUUCUUGAUGCCAAUAGGGGAUAUUUUAUGUUUUUGUAUCAAAAACAAUAUGUAAUUUAACGUAAUCUGCUCUGGUGUUAUCUGUGCUUUAACACUCCAGUCCUAGAAGGGUUCAGGCAUUGAGAUCUUACCCUGGAUGGAGCUGAGCUGCAUUUCAGCUUCUGUGCUGACUUCUCCUGAGAAGCUGCUGUUAGGGAGAAGGGCUGAACCCACACACAGUACGAACAAAACGCGUUCUUGUUGAAAACAAGCUGCACCCAGGCCCUCGAGGGAGCCCCAGCAAGAGGCUGAAGAGUGUUUUGGGUCUGUGACAAGGCCAGGGCACCUGAAGGAGCAGCUGCCUCUUGGCACUUAACCUCUACUAACUCCUUUUGAUCAAUAAAGUUAACUACAGCGCUUGCAA